CUGCACAGUGAAGAAACAAAGGAGGAAAAAGAAGAGAGAGAGAGAGGGGGGUGGGGGACUACAUUUCCCAGCAUGCUCAGGCGCAAGGCAUGCCUGUGAUGUCACAAUAAGUAUAUAUACGGCUACAGGGAAGAAUUUCUUCCUCCAUUGUUACAUUGUAACAAACCGGGGGCGCAGAAAGAGAGAGAGAGAGCGUCUUCUCUCUCGGGCUGCAACAUUCUGCAACAUUUUCUGACAGCAAUCGGAGAAAAACAAGAAAAACAAAAAGAGAAAAAGAGAAAAAGCUAAACACACAAAAAAGCGAGAAGACAAGCGAAGUAAAAACACAACCGACUGAACCCGCCCCGGUGAGGAGGAGGAAAAAAAAGGGAUAAACCAACACAGAUGUCAGCGGAUUUCUCCAUCAUCGCAAGAUUUUCCAGCCGCACCGCAGGAAGAAAAGACGCUUUGCGUGUUUGCAUGUUGCAGGAGGAGACAGAGACAGAAAGAGAAAUGUUGGGGAAACAAACCAGCAGCUGAACAUAUGACGUGCCUCCUCCUCCUCCUCCACCUCCUGCCCGUCCGUCCGUCCGUCCUUUAAAUAGAUAUAAGGCAUGCAACGUUUGAAUCAAACCCGCACGUCUCCUGCUUUCUGCGUGAUCUCUCGGCGUGCGGGACAAUGACGCGUGGAAGUGGCAGUCAGAUCCACGGCGCUGCAAACUGACAAGUCAUUGCAAAGAUUUUCAGAUCACUUCUUCUUCCUCCUCCUCUUUGCUCCAUCUGGAUUUUUUCUUUUUCUUUUCUUUUUUUUUUAACCCAUAUUAUUCUAAUAAUAAUAAUAAUAAUAAAUAAGAAGCAUCUGAUUGGGCGUUCAGAGAUUAAUGUGCAAGCUCUCAUUGGGAAAGAGGAACGACCUACGAGUUGCUGCUUGGAAUAAGGGUCCCUGUUUCUGCCCCAGACACCGAGUUUCCAUGGAGGCAGGUUCGUCUCUCAGCCUCAAACGAAGAUAUGAAGAGGUGGACAACAGCUCUCCAUUCUCUACACCUAAGGACUCCGACGAUGACAUCUCCAGCAGCGACAGCGCUGACAGCUGCGACAGUCUCAACCCCCCUUCCAGCACUGCAUUUACCCGUAAGGAACAACAGGAGACACACGUUAAAGCCACCUCCAUCCUCAGACAGCACAAGCCGUCCCCGGGUGGUAAACGGGUACGUUUCGAUGUGGUGACGGUGUAUUACUUCCCUCGACGGCAGGGAUUCACCAGCGUGCCCAGCCAAGGGGGCAGCUCCCUGGGCAUGGCCCGACACCACUCCUCCAUCAGACACUACACGCUGGGCGAGUUCGCCCGCGAACAGGAAACGAGCCACAGGCACACUUUACGCCAGCACCUUCGCCAAGAGAAGCUCAACGCUCGCAAGAUGAAGCUGACGAGGAACGGCACGGUGGAGUGCGCUCAGGCGGACCUGCUGACUCUGGAGGACGUAUCGGAUGAGGACCUCGACGUGGACGGGGUGGAGGUGGACGACUGCUUCUUCCUUCAGCCCCUGCCAACCAAACGUCGCCGAGCCCUCCUGCGAGCCUCCGGCAUCGCCCGCAUAGACGCGCGGGAGAAAGCCGAGCUCAGAACCAUCCGCCUCUCACGGGAGGAGUGCGGCUGCGACUGCCGCCUGUACUGCGACCCUCGCCACUGCGGCUGCAGCCAGGCCGGCAUCAAGUGCCAGGUGGAUCGAAUGUCUUUCCCAUGUGGCUGCUCUAGGGAUGGCUGCGGUAACGUAGCGGGCCGCAUCGAGUUCAACCCUCUGCGUGUCAGAACUCACUACCUGCACACCAUCAUGAAGCUGGACCUGGAGAAGAGGAGGAUGCUGAUACAAGGACCCGGGGACCAGUAUGCUGAAUCUGACCCAUUGUCUUCCCCCUCCUCUACUUGCCCCAAUUCUCCUGACCUAUCCUCGGUCGCUGGCCUGGACUCUGAGCUGGAGGAGAGCGAGGUGCAGACAGUGGUGGAGGUUCAGGAUCUCCUGGCAGAGCAGGACAUCCUGGAGCGAGAGAACGAAACAGCUGUGUUGCACCUGCAGAGCGCGGAGGAGCAGGAGAGGAGGGAGAGGGAGGAGGCAGAAGGGGAGUCGGUGCAGCAGGAGCUGGGCGCCGGAGGUCUCACAGAGCAGCCUCUAUGCCUCAUGCCUGGUGCCCUGGCUGGGGAGCUGCCUGAGCAGGCCGAGGUGCCAGGUGUGGAGCAGGUCCUCCUGCAGGGGCCGUUCCCUACAGGGGCCACAGUGCUCUGCAUCACUGACAACCAGGAGGAGAGCCCCUCUGACCUCCUCAAAGACUCCACAUCUCUACUCUACUAUCAGCUCAGCCCUAUAGAGCCCGGAGCCUUUGAGACCCUGCCCAGAGCGGAGGAGGCUGAACAGGAGGAGCGCUUGGUGAGAGAACAAGAUUCAGGAGGAGGAGGAGGAGGAGGAGUCAAAGGAGGAGAGGAGUCAAAGGAUGAUAAGCCUGAAGAAAUCACCUGCAGGCAGAGUUCGGGGAAGUCUUUGACCAAUGUGAUUCUGUGCUCAGAGAACGGUGUGGAGCUCGAGAAGGAGAAGCCCUCGAUUCCCCAGCACAGCCUCCCUGAAGAGCAGUGCCAACGGGGCUCCUGCUUGGAGGGAGAAGUAAACCCACUGCCUCCUGAAGUUUAGCUCUAGCUUCACUGCAGAUAUUUUGCACAAUAGCUUCAUCUAAGAUGAAAAAAAAAAAAAGUUACAUAUUUCACAUUUAUUACUGCUAUCAUCGAGAACGAUUACAGGUUUGCAAUCUCUUGUAGUGACUGUUACUGAAUUAUGCGGGGGGGAAUGAGUCGAGUAGUACAAUACACGAGGAAGGAGGAGGAGGGGGUGCUGAAAGCACAUACAGAUCACUCCCCAGAAGUAAUAUGGAUGCAAAUACAAGGCAACAUUGCAUGUAAUUCUGUUGGGGGGUGAUGAAUGCGGCCUUAAUGGAAAAAAUAACAACAUAAAAACACUUGUGUGUGUGUGUAGGGGGUUAUUUGUCGACGAGAAAGUACACAGCAAGUAGUGCUUUGUUAAUUUCCAACGCAAGCAAACAGAAAAAAAAACACAACGUGCGAAUGCUGACAUAAGCCUUUUGUUCGGUGAUGUAUUAAGCUAUCAACCCUAAACACAAAUUGUUUUGCAGUGCGCAAAAAAAAAGGAAAGAAGCCGGGCGUAUUUAGAUACUCACCGGCUUUACUUUCCAUUACAGGCACAACGUGUGCUGUAGCCAAGCCAAAUGAAGGCCUCGAGAUAGUAUCCUCCGCUGAAAAAAAAAAAAAAAAAUAGACCUAAUAAUCCUGGAAAUACUUGUUUUUUGUGUACUGUAUAUGCAUUUGCAAAGUGCAAGACAGAGCCGAGGAGGGGGGCGAUGGGGGGAGGGUUGCUGCUUUUUAUGAUCUGUAUGCACAUUGUGAACCGAGGGAGGCGGCGAGCGUCGUGGCUCUGCUGUCUCUUCACGGAGGUGGACCAACACUGAGCGGCAGAUCAGCACUAGCCUUAGUCGUUGCUCUUGCUCACCUUGGGCUGCCGGUGCGAAUGCAGUCGACUCGUCAAGAAAAAAAAACCUAGUUUACCUGUAGUUACAAUGCCUAUGAUAUUACUUAUUGUUUCUUUGAGUAAUGUGUCUUAUGUGGGUUAGAUACCGUUUGUCUGAAAGUCCUCGCAGUCUUUUUGUUGUGAGUGAAAGGAUGAUUUCUUUCAUACUGCUACACUGUAACGCCAUGUAGUCAGUCACGUCAUGUCGCGAUGAACAGAUCUUCCCCGGUCUUCUCCUCUUUGAACGAGUUGAAAAAGGGAGGGAGGUGAUUGCGCGUCGGGGUCGAGUUUCCAUAUGAAGAAAAUAGCAUUUAAAGAAGAGUCAAAGAAAGCCGUUGAAAGUAGUUCUACAAAAUGAUGUGAUGUUACUAAUUUAUGACGCAGAUUGACCUGAAUUUGUAUAUUUUAUGUUCAAUCUGUACAGUGUGUGUGUGUGCCUACUUUAUGUAUGUGAGAGAGAAAGUUGUGUAUGCAUCUGUGUGUGCAUGCACAUGUGUAUGUACUGUAAUAUGGGGUGGGAGGGGGAGUAUAUUAGUGAGGAUACAUAUUUUAUUCCUGAAAGGUGCUGAUGUUCUAGAUUUACAAUUCACUGAUUUUUUUUUUUCCUCCCCACCAUCACGAGAAAUAUGAUUUCAAGAUGUUUUCUUGACGACUAAAGAAGUAAAAAAAAGUGUUGGGAGAGCGCGAACGCAAUAUAGCUACUGCACUGCAAAGUCAUUGACGUGGCGAUUAUUUUUUGGAAUGAGGUGGGUUUUUUUUGUCAGUGAGUAUGUAAAAAAUGCAAAUCGUAUAACAUUUCUGGUCUUUAAAUGUCUUUUUUUUUUUUUUUAAAGCGACGUCUGAUUAAUACUGAUCUGCGUAAGUGUGCCGACUCUUCUUACACAAAAUCAGUCCUUUGUUUUGUUGCCUUAGAAUUACAGCAUGUUGCUUUUUUCGGUAACACAGGACGUGCUGCUGUGUAUGAGGUGUCUGAUGUUAUUUUCUUUGCCUUUUUUUCUUUUUUUUUUUGUAUUGUCUUAAUAUAAACCUACUUAAGAGUUGCACCAAAGCAGUGGUUUCAAACCUAAUUAAAACGAUGCUUUUAGCCAUCAGAUUUUAACAACAAUAGUUAUUGUGAGGCUGUAGAUUUAUUGUGGCCCUUUGUGUUCGCGUGACUUGCCUUGACAUAGUGCCAUCUUUGAAGUGAUGAUGAUUACAAGCUGCCUAUUGUUGAGCUUUUUUUGUCCUUGGCUUUCUACUAAUAGACUUUUAGGUUUGGGACCACUGUAUCAAAUCAACUCCACUACACUAUGUGAUUGUGUGUUUUCUCUGUGUGAAAGCGGUGUGUGUGUGUGUGUGCGUGUGUGUGUGUGUGAUUGUGUCGGACAGACUGAUACGUUUAGACUUCAUCUAAAAGCUGUGAGAACUACUCUCAUGCUAACUGUUGCCUAAAGUGGACAAAAAGGUUUUUUAUACAAAAAUAAAAACAAUAAAACACUCAUUUUAAAAAG